CCGUACAGCGCCCCAAGAUCAUGUCUUACCCCUUUCGAGCUUUGGUAACGCUGGUUGGCUGCUGAGCAACAGGCAGAUUCAGGAGAAUUAAUCUGGGUUUAAUCUAUGCUCAGGAAGAGUCAUGAGCGGAAUGAAGGAAGGAAGAAUAGAUACUAUGAAUGAAACCUUGCGGCCUCCUCAUAAUAUCGUUAGAGAUAGCUGCGAUCUUUGCGGAAGAAACCCGGGGAAAGUCGUUGUUGACAAGAUAAUCUCCUGUUGGUAGGUGACGACUCUCAGCUGUUUCUGGUAUGACUUGCAGCUGCACGAAGAGUCAUCGCCAUCUGGAUUCCGCCGCUCUCUUAUUUUUGCUGAUUAUGAGGAAUUUCGCAUGCUUUUCAAAGCCGCUAAUCGAUCUGCUUCCCCCUCGUGGGCGCUCGACCUGCACCAGGAAACCUUCCCUCCCUCCUUCUGGAUUCCCUUCUCCUUUUCUUGAAAAUCCCGUUAAAGUUGUAUAACUCGCACAAUAACAUAACAAGUUCCUGUAAAUCGUCACCGAUCGCAGAAUCCAAACGAGGAUAGGACCGUUGUGCUGGGCGUGGUCGUUCCCUUUGCGCGUUCAGAAACAGAGGAAAAUCCCGCCCGUCAGUCGUCUCCGCCUCAUUCGCUUUUUUCUGCAUCGGUCUGAGCGCUUUUUUCUUAAUCGUUUGUACCAGUAUAAUUGAGCUACCGGCAUUUGCUAUACCAGAUUCUCCCCCCUGUUCCUCCCCAACCAUUUCCCCUCGCUCUCGAACUUCCCCUCGGACAGUAUACACGGCUUGGUCAACAGCACUGCAGGGUUGCUCUCACUUCACGAGGGAGCCCUCUCGAAAGACGUCGUUGCCACGCGUCCAAUUCGAUAACUCGCUGAUCAGUGGAGGAUAACAACAUGGCAGCGUUGGUACAAACAAUUCCCCAGCAAAGCAGCGCGGUUCCGGUGCUCCAAACUCGUCCUUCUUCCUCUUCGGGCGCCUUUACAACAUCUCAGUCUCUACAGCAAUCGAAUUCGCGAAAUCAAGCAGCCAUGUCUUGGAACACAUAUAAUGCGGCAGGCAACUCGGGGGGGUAUAGGCAAGGUCAUCAGGUUGUGGCCCCCUACGCCUUCACCACCACCCCCAACCUCUCCAAUUCAUCCAACGCGCAAAACCGCCAGUCAUGGUCUCCUAGCUUGAGGCCUGAGCAUCGAACUUCUUCCGCCCCUUCAGCACCCCAAGUCUCCGCGAAUGCUGCCCACGUCGGAGUCAGUGCAUCACGACCCGUCCAUCACAUUGCAGCUGGUUCUGUAUCUACUUCAUCUUCCAACUCCUCUAGCCAGUCAUACAUGUCCAAGGACGACACGGCAAUCCCUUCUCGAAAGCUUCGUACUGACCCUUCUGUUCGCCCAUUAUCUACCGCCAAUCUCCCUUCUCCCACACCACCCUUUAUGAACAUAUCCUCACCUACCGUUUCCCGCCCCUCGCCUGAUCGUUAUCGGCGUGGUAACCGCCGCUCAGAUUCUCCCUCAACUGCCAUCCCUGGAUCAGCACCUGGUUUCGAGGAAAGUCCAGGCCCACUAGGGGUUAGAAGCCUGGUACCUGAAAACAACUCACAUAGUGUCGGCCAUACGAGAGCUCCUAGUGCGGACGAUGUAGCACGCUCAGAAAAGCCACAGCCGGAACUGGCCAAGAGAUAUCGACGGAGGAGUUGGGGAAAUAUUGACAAUACUGGUCUCAUCAAUCUUCAGCUUCAUCUACCUGCUUCAUCGCCAAUUCCUAUGCCCAAGGGAACGGACUAUUUUGAUCAGGAUCGGCCCAGGUCGGCCCAAUCACAAAAGGAAGUCGCGGGAAGCAUUCAUUCUGCCCGCUCUUCUACAUCAUCUGUCCAUGAUCCUUCUGUCCCUCCCAAAACCGUUCCAAAAUCCGACGACAUCAAGCGCAUCCCGAAACCAUCCCCCUUGUCCCAACCUGUGUCUGCAGACUCUACUUCACCAGCGACAGCACAGCCGAAUCCUCAAAAUCAGCAACCCAAGCCGGCAAUGAGCCCUGCCUCGCAGCGGCUAGCGGAGCUCACCAAAAACGAUGCACAUCGGCCAGGAAAGUCGCGACUGCGAAGGGCAUUUUCAUUCGGGAGUGCUUCAGAAUUACUCAAGGCCUCACAAAACAACCAUCGCAAGGACGGACUCUCCGUGGACAAGUCUCGCAGGGAACUGCUCAAGGAGGAACUGGGUGCUGAACAGGCAGCCAUUGCUGAACAACAGGAAGCUAGCGGCUUAGGUGAAAGCAUAUACUCUCACCACCAGGGUCGAUUUUUCAACAGCUCCACGGACAAUCUAUCCAUCUCUUCGACGGCGUCUUCCGCCUCGAUCAUGCUUCGAAAGAUGGGCAAGGGUAUGAAGCGAUCCACUCGGUCUCUUGUCGGACUAUUCAGACCCAAGUCUGCUAUCAUCUCACCCGUGGAUGAAAUGACAGCGGAGCCGAUGGCACCUCAGCUUUCUGUGGUGAAUAUUGAAGCAGAAAGAAAGAGUGUUGCAGCAAAUGCCGACCCACAGGAUGUUCCCCACGGCGGCACAGUUUUCCCAAAAAUGGAAUCGACUGUUCCACCCGCCUCGACUCAGGAUGAUGACUUGACCGAAGCUGCCCAAUCGCGUAAGAGCAUUGUUGGCGGAGACAGAGAGCGCGCGGAGGUUCUUGCGGCCGUCAGAAAAGGCAUCCUCAAGAAAACCAACUCCGAGAGCACAUUUUCUACUCCGCCAAAGCCAGCUUCUCAGAACGAGAACGGUACUGAUUCGCCUAAUUCAAGCGCGCCAAGCACUCCCGAGGACCAGCCGCGAACCGGGUAUCGACGCUCUGAUGUGGUCAAAAUUGCUGGAGAGGACGAGCUAUCCGACACCAAGAAUGUGUCUCUGGGACCGCAAUCGGUGUCCUCGAAAUCUCUCGUCUUUAGCCCGCGAAUCCAGUUUCAUGAGACGUGGCCCAGCGGCGAAUAUGAUCGACGGGGAGAUAUUGCGACUUGCAACCGACUUACUCCACUUCUCGCUCAGCAAAUAAAAGAAGAGCUGAACACCUUCAAGAUGGAGAUGGAGGUUCACGAAACCUCGAAAAUCUAUACACACUUCCUCUGAAUGCAGCAUAACAAAACGGCGUUCUCUCUUUCCCUUGAUUUCUCGUGUGUCAUUUAAUCUCCGGACGGGCGAUUGGAUCUAUGAAAGGUGUGGUAUCCACACCUGGCGUCUUGUAGACCUGGUUUAUCUCUCUAGAGCAACUCUUUUUUUGGUUGCACGGUCGAUUCCGAUUUUGAUGUCUUGACCAGCGCCGUUGUCUGGUCUCAUCAAACACCUCUUCCAAACACUGCGAUCAUGAUAGUUGACCCCGUUGGUCUAUUAUACACGUGUUUCGAAUCAGAAUCCCUGGUAUGGGAAGGGCUUUUAUUUUGUGCAUGCAUCCCAAUUAAUGCGGACCCAGCAAAGGCAGUAUUAAAGAGAAAAUGGAGCGGUCGAUUGUUGUCGUGUGUCGCGACCACUUCAGAUUGUUCGGCGUUGAUCUACCUCGCGCUCAGGAUUUUGGGUACUGAUCUAUUCUUUUUAUCCUGACCCCGGAUCCAGUCACGUUUAUGGAUUCUGUCUUACACUUUUCCGACACUUUGUUCGAUUCAUCCAGUCUUUUAAUCAUGUCUUUGGCAAGCGUGAAACUGGCAGCACCCAUUGAUCAUUUGUCUUACAUCUUCAUGUUUUUCAUUCUCCUUACCAUCAUCAAACUCGCACUAGCCACUCUUCAUCGUGUGUUCGCGUUCUGGAAAUCGAUGCACUGGCGCAUCUCAUGCAGUUUGACAUCUGUUUUUAACUGGGCCUAAUUACAGCAUACUCAGGGCUUUCUUACUGUCAUUUCUUUUGCACUAUUUCUUACCUGGGCAUCCGAACCGUGUAUUCGCGUCUUGCGAUUUCUCAUACGCACGCUGUCUCUUUUCUUCCAUAGCUGUUGCUGGUACUGUAUUGACUGGAUGGCAUGUGAACCGAAUUCAUCUACAUUUCAACGCCUUCCACCGCGGUUGAUUGGUUAACUCGACUUCGUAGGCUGUACUCAGCAACGUCAGAGGUAUAGAGUCGGGCAUUGUUCCCUAGCUGGAGAAUUG